AUUGUGAUUGGGUUGAGCUUCAGUUGAUUGUUUAUUGCACAAUGAAGAAGUUGUCGCGGCAUUUGUGUCUAACAGUGCUCACAGUGGUGAUGUCGAUGAGAAUGAUGGAGGGAGGUGCCCUUACCGAAGAUCGAAAAGAAGAUCACAUUAUACAUCAUCUAACAGAUCCUGACCCGCAAAGGCAUAACUAUAUAUGGAAUCCAUUCCCCGGCUUUUGUGGCCCCAAUGCCACAAGGGUAACUUGCGGUGGUGUCUGCCCAGAAACUUGCCAAUAUAAGUCACUAAACUGUCUCAGUUAUUGCGGAGUGCCAUGUAAAUGCAAAAGAGGUUAUAUAUUUGAUGAGCUCAGCUUGCAGUGUAUCUUGCGUAGCGACUGUCCGACCCAUUUGGGACCACAGAAAAUAGUCGGCACUCAUCGUGUGUUUCAGUAAAGUCUAAUCUAUGUAAAUACAUACAUACAUAUUCUAUAGAACAUUCAA